GCUUGUCUCUUGCACAUUCUGCGGCUUUUUCGGUUCAGUCCCUCCGUCGGGGGGAGAGACCCAGAGACCUUUGAAGGGGGGCGCCGUCCUGGUUUUUUUGCUUCCUCUCGGUUUUCCACUGCGACGACAAUGCACGACUAACAGAAGUACGUAUCUGACGGCUCUUAUUCAUGACACCCGUGAAGCAAUCACAGAGUUCAACAAAAUGGUGACCUUGUGGAUAUUUUACUUGUGUCUAAUCGGAGGAAGUCAGACAGAUAAAUCAAGUUCGGAUGGCCACAUCGCCGAAAAUGGAAUAUCAGAUUUUUGUCGCAUCGACGAGCCGCUGUGCAGGGAUGAGAAUGGCGCUCUCAGCUACGAGGCCAUCCGCAGCAUCCACAAGCAGAUGGACGACGAUAAAAACGGCAACGUGGACGAGGUGGAGACAGACGGGUUCCUGAGGGAGGAUCUGAACUACCACGACCCCAAGGCCAAGCACAACAGCUUCCAUGGCGAUGACCAGUUCAUCAGCGUGGAGGACCUGUGGAACACAUGGAAGGGCUCUGAAGUGUAUAACUGGACUGUGGACGAGGUGGUUGAGUGGCUCAUCACCUACGUGGAACUGCCUCAGUAUGUCGAGGCCUUCCGCAAGAUGAGCUUUAACGGGAGCACCAUGCCGAGGCUGGCGGUGAAGAACAACACUCUGACACACACGAUUCUCAAGAUUCUGGAUCGCAGCCACGUUCAAAAGUUGCAGCUCAAAGCUUUGGACACCGUGCUGUUCGGAGCGCCUCUCAUGAACAGACACAACCACUUGAAGGACUUCAUGCUGGUGGUGUCCAUCGUCAUCGGGAUGGGCGGCUGCUGGUUCGCCUACAUCCAGAACCGCUACUCCAAGGACCACAUGAAGAAGAUGAUGAAGGACCUGGAGGGCCUGCAGAGAGCCGAACAGAGUCUGCAUGAUCUACAACAAAAGCUUCAGAUCGCCCAGGAGGAACAUCGCUCAGUGGAGGUGGAGAAGGUCAACCUGGAGCAGAAGCUGCGGGAUGAGAUCAGCACAGCCAAGCAGGAAGCCCAACGACUGAGGGAUCUCCGAGAAGGCACGGAGAAUGAACUCAGUCGCCAAAAGUACGCAGAAGAGGAGCUUGAGCAGGUGCGCAUGGCUCUGAAGAAAGCCGAGAAGGAACUGGAGUCGCGGAGUAGCUGGUCCCCUCCGGAGGCUCUCCAGAAGUGGCUUCAACUCACACAUGAGGUUGAGGUUCAGUACUACAACAUCAAGAAGCAGAACGCAGAACGCCAGCUCCUGGUGGCUAAAGAGGGGGCUGAGAAGAUCAAGAAAAAGAGGAACACCCUGUUUGGGACGUUCCAUGUGGCGCACAGCUCCUCCCUGGAUGAUGUGGACCACAAAAUUCUGGCAGCAAAACAAGCGCUGGGCGAAGUCACGGCCGCCCUUCGAGAGAGGCUCCACCGCUGGCAGCAGAUCGAGAUCCUCACUGGUCUCGCGGUCGUCAGCAACCCGGGCCUACCGUCGCUGGCGUCGGCUCUCAACCUGGACCCCAGUUUCGUUGGGGGUCGAGCCGCCACGCCGCAGCACUUCAUCGUGACCGACGACAUGGACGACUUAGACGAGGACAUCAUGCCCGCGACUCUGCCAUACGGCACCCGGCUGUCGGAACGCCGAGCCAGCGACCUGUGGUCCGUGGGCUCGGACUGUCAGCCUGUGUGGAACUAUCUCGCUCCCAGUAUGAUGUCCCUGCGCCAACGCCACAUUGACCCCCACCUGGCUAUGAGCUCACAGAGGUUGGUAGAGGGUCCCUUGCCAGAGGGCCAGCACGGGGAGGGAAGCUCGCACCCACCAAGGGACCUAAACCGUUCGGAUUCGGACUCAUCACUUUCCCUCUCCCAAAUGGGCGACCGCCUGUCUGCCUUCAGUUCCAAGGCCCACCUGAUCAAGCCCUCCUCGCUCCUCCACGGCCUGCCGCUCCACGAAACCACCUCGCUUCACGCGUACACCCCAAACGGCGGCAACCGCGUCCACGAGGGCGGCGAGCACCUCCCGGACAGCCCCAUCCUCAUGAGGAGGGCGUACGGCACGGAGGUUUCGCCUGGCUUCGGCGAGCUCAACAGCCCCGCCGAGUCGUCCCGUUCCCUCAGCCCCAAUUCCACCGAACCGGAAACCCCGUCGCCGACUGGAGGAGUCGGUCAAGCGGGGUCAAAGGGCAACAGCCGUAUCCCGCAGCUGUCCUCCAAGAAGAGUCCAAUGGAAGAGGACAGCGCCUCCACGGGGGAGGACACGGAUUCCACAGCCAGCCGCAAGAAACACACCUUCAAGAUCUUCAAGAAGCAGAAGAAAUAAGGGCUACAAUGCGGGACCUUUUUUUUUUUCUUCUUCUUUGGGGUCUUUAAUUUUAAUUUCCUUUCAAUAUUUGUGAGGUUUAAAACCUUCCGGACUGUGGGAGCAACCUUCCUCUCUGCUUAUAUGGGGGGGGGCGUUUGUACAAUGCAAUGUAAAGAAUGUAUUUAUUCUGCAGUAAAUCGUGCCAGUCUCUAAGGGAAAAAACUCCUUUCUCGUUUAUCGCUUUGCAUGUCUUGGCUUUUUGUUUGAACGGAACGCCGACAUCUGAUCAGCUUUCUUUCUUUUCCGACGACUGAACUGCAAAACGAUCCCUAUUCUGACACUUGUCAGUGUUUGUCCGGGAGAGCAAAGGGCUCCUUUUUAGUUGUUUGCGGUUUUUUGUCACUAAAAGAGCCAGCGAUGUUACACGGUAGCCAUGAAACUUCUUGUUCUGUUUUUGUUGUUGUGAGCGGGAGGGAAUACAGUAAACCUCGGAUAUAUCGGAUUCAAUUGUUCCCACUGGUUUUGUCCGAUAUAAGCGAAAUCCGGAAAAUGUCCGUUUUACGCAUAUAUCGGAUUUUAUCCGUUAUAAAAAGGCACUUCCUUGACUAUGUUUCCAAUGUACAUGGACGCGCAGGCAACGCUGCAAAUGACGUCGUAUAGCGGCCUGUCACGAUUCGGCGAAUCGGAGCGCCACGAUGCGGCCAUCCGAGGGAAAUUUAAUGGAAAUGCAUUGGAACGGGACUGGAGAUUUUGUCCGAAAUAGGCGAAAUCCGUUAUAAAAAAAAUCCGAUAUAUGCAAUGAAUUUUUAUUGGAAAUGCAUUACAGAAAAAUCGGUUCUUUUUUAUUUUUAUCUGUCCGUUGUGAGCGAAUUUCCGAUAUAUCCGAGUCCGAUAUAUCCGAGGUUUACUGUAUAAUAUAAUAAUACAACAUCAAGGGUGUCCAAACAUUGUCCACUGAGGGCAGAGCUAUAAAAAAAGAUGAAUGUGGGUGACCAAUAAUAUCAUUAUUGUUAUUAAUUAAUUUUUACUUUGCAAAAAAAAAAUAGUAAUAAUGGACAGCAAGACAUCAUUGCUUCAAAAGUUUGCAACAAUUGGUUGUUGAUAAAAAUCCGUUAUAAAAAAAAUCCGAUAUAUGCAAUGAAUUUUUAUUGGAAAUGCAUUACAGAAAAAUCGCUUCUUUUUUAUCUGUCCGUUGUGAGCGAAUUUCCGAUAUAUCCGAGGUUUACUGUACUUUGUGAAUUCAACACCUAUUUAUUUGAAUCUGGUGUCUUGUUUUUUUUUUUGUUUUUUUUUUUGUGACGACUAUCCUCUUCCCGGAUGACUAGGAUCCUAUUGUGGUACAAUAUCUUAAAAGUAUGUAUUAACGGGUGCUGGAAAAGGGCUAAAGCAUAACUCAGCAGUUUGAUACCGAGCCACUUGUAGUGAAAGAUUAGAGGAAGACCGAUUUAUCCUAUCAAAGUGCCAAAAUCCGGCAAAGUCUUUUUGUCUAGUAUGUUUACAUUGGUCGCAGAGCCUCACAUUGACUAUGCAUUUGUAGUUGUAGGUAUUAAGAACCAAACCAAAAAAAAAAACAAAAAUAAAGUUUGCUUCUCCCAAAUGUAGAAGCUUUUAAAAGCAGCUACUUUUACUACUGAAAAAGGAGUCGUUUGUAUGUGUUUUUGCACGACGAGCUAUAAAGGAAACCAUGUUGUUUGCACUGUGCUGUUGAUGCAUGCAAAGUGCUGUAACUACACCACCCAAUGGGAACCGCUCCAGCAUUGACCUUAAACCUUUUUUUUCAGCUUCUAUUUAUGAAUCCAAACCGUAUAUUUGUACAGGGGGUGGGGGAGAAAAAGAGAUAACUUUUGCAUCUUCUGUCAUGUCUUUUAUGGCACUCUUGCAUGAAAGCAAUAAAGUAUUUUAAAUGAACGUA